AUGACUUUGACGUCUGCUAAGAUGCGGGAAGCAACGAUACCGAAGCCCAAAAUUGCUUUUAGAAGGGUUAUAGCGGCGGAUGAGAAAGAAAAUUAUUUAACCAACACAGAUUUAUUUAAUACCUCCGCUCGAAAAAGUUGUACUACUUAUAUGACGCUUAAAGACGAGCUGCCAAAUUUCUGCACCGUACAGCCAGAUGCUGGAGUGUGUUUGUCACUAGGGACAAAGUACUACUACGACAUUAACAAUCGUGAAUGCAAAGAUUUUCUAUAUGGGGGUUGUGGUGGUAAUCGCAAUAAAUUUGACACUAAACAGUCCUGUUUGGGAGAAUGCGGUGGAUCCUAA